UAGUCUCAGUAAUCUCGUAGCUUCGAUCACGUACGCAAUUCAUCCGUAUACUGUGCGCGAGAUUAAGAAUUGAGACUACCGUAUAUUAUACAUGUAUUUUCAGAAGAUCUGGCGAAACGCCAAUUAGACACGGUGGCGUUUAAUUCUGUCGCGGCCAGCUGGAAAUUAUAACACGGAUUUUUCCACUCACUACUUUCGUAUUUCACCGGGAGAUCAAUAUGUGUCUAGCAUCCUUUUUCUUAUUACUCAAUUGUUUGUCAUUCUCGAUAUCGAAGAAUAUCGUGCUAAUUAUUACGGAUGAUCAAGAUUCUGUUCUAGGUGGCAUGACGCCAAUGACAAAUACUCUAAAUCUUAUAGGAAAUCGAGGUGCCACGUUUACAAAUUGCUUUGUAGCCACACCAGUUUGUUGUCCCAAUCGGGCAUCCAUUUUAACAGGGCGAUAUCAACAUACUCAUCUAACGGUAAACAAUUCUGUUGCCGGUGGUUGUAAUAGCGCGCAAUGGCGACGAUUACAAGAGCCGACAACGUUCGGCUCUCUUUUGCAAAAUAUCAUCGGAUACAAAACGUUUUACGCAGGGAAAUAUUUGAAUCAGUAUGGAAAGAAGAAAACAGGCGGUGCGGCUCAUGUACCAUUGGGAUGGGACUGGUGGGCCGGUCUUAUAGGAAACUCAAAGUAUUACAAUUAUUCGUUAUCCAUAAACGGUACUGAAAGAAAGUACGGUCAUAGCUCGAACGAUUACCUUACCGACGUGAUCAAUAAUCUGGCUGUAGAUUUUAUCAAAGAAUACUCCGGUGAUCAACCUUUUCUUAUGGUGUUGGCACCUCCAGCCCCUCACGAGCCAUUUAUACCUGCAGUCAGACACAAGGAUAAAUACAUCGGCAUAAAAGCAAAGAGAACACCAAAUUUUAAUGUACCCGUGAAUCAGGAUAAACAUUGGCUAGUUAGAAAAGGUCCAACCCCUUUGCCAGACAAUAUAUUACCAAAAUUGGACGACAUAUACAGAUCGAGAUGGGAAACCUUAUUAGCGGUAGACGAACUCGUUAAGAACAUACACGAUUUAUUAGAAGAGCGAAAUCUUUUAGACGACACUUACUUUAUUUACACCUCCGACAAUGGAUAUCACGUUGGCCAGUUCAGCAUGCCAAUAGAUAAGCGUCAACCUUAUGAAACGGAUAUACGUGUCCCGUUACUGAUAUCCGGUCCCGGAAUCGAGCUGUCUACGGUUUCUGCGCCAGUCAGCAGCGUAGAUAUCUUCGCCACGAUUUUAAACAUAGCUGGCGUGAAAUAUCCAUCGGACGGCACGACAUUAUUUAAUUCAAAUCGUAACUUACCUCAAGAUCGCACCGUUUUGAUAGAAUAUAGAGGAGAGAGGUCCAACGAGCCAUCGCCUGGUUGUCCAAGCGACGAUUUGAAUAUCACGUUAUGCGUGGAAGAGUUAGCGUGCAAAUGUCAAGAUGCUGUGAACAACACAUUCAGUUGCAUUCGCCGCGUUUCGCCGAAUUUCAACAACAUCUUCUGCAUCUUCGAAGACGAUCAGAGAUUCAUUGAAGCUUACGAUAUGAAUAUCGACGAAUACCAAAUGGUGAACAUCGGAUAUACUAUGAAAAAAGAAUUGAGAUACAGAUUCAGAAAACGUCUUAAGAGAAUGGUGGUAUGUCAGGCCGAACAAUGCGUUCUCACAGGACUGGGAAAUAAAUCUGAUAAGAGCACCGAAAGUUGUCUUAUUUCGAAUUAUUGCAUUUAUGGAAAUCGCCGUCGGAGAAUACGCCGCGAAUCUGGAUAUAAGAAUAACUCGCCUUGCGCUCGGGAGGGAGGGGCGCACCCCCCGCGACGGAACUGUUUUCUAAGCAAAUAUUUUUAUUAAAGCCCCGCGGAGAGAGUCUCGAAUAUCUGAAUAGCAAUGGCGAUAUUCGCGGAGGAAAAAGGAGCAGGGAUGGGAGGAGGAGGUGGUGGAAAAAAGCCGAGCGUCGAAGACAGAACGCGAGACUAUAUCGGACGUGUACAUAUUUAUAUUGCUAAAACGUUUCUGGUUCCUCCAGAGGAUUUGCAGCGAUGCACGCGAAACAAUGAUUCUCGCUACUCGAUAUACUUUAACUUGCUCGCGCUAUUAUUUCACGUGUAAGCGAUAUAAGCCAUUUCGAUUCGCGCACAAUACAGGUGAAUAUGGAAAAGCAAU